AUGGGGGCCACAACGCAUCGUCCCAUCUUCUUGGUGCUCUCAGUACUCCUGGCUCUGACCCAGAACAAGGCCCAGAACCUUACUGGCUCACACUCCUUGCGGUAUUUGGUAACCACGACCGCGUCUCGACCGGGUCUCCAAGAUUCCCAUAUCUCCGUCGUUGGCUAUGUGGACCACAUGCAGUUCAUGCGCUUCGACAGAGAUGGAGAUACUCACAGGAUCCAGGCGCGCGGUCCUUGGGUGAAGCAGAUGGGGUCCGAAUAUUUGGAAAUGGAGAAAAGGAAUGCCAUGAGCUAUUCAAACAGGGCCAUAGAAAACCUGCGAUUCGCAAUCCAGGUCUAUAAUCAGAGCGACAACGAUCGACGCCUCCAACGUGGACACUAUAGACAUGCAUUUGAUGGCAACGAUUACAUCAGCCUGAACGCAGACCUGAGAACAUGGACUGUGGCUGACAUGACGGCUCAGAUCACUCAGCGACGGUGGGAGGCAGAUCGUAUAGCAGAGAGCUUCAGCCCCUUCUUGAAGUUCUCAUGCGUUGAAUGGCUACUCAGGCACCUAGAGAUAGGGAAGAAGACUCUACAGCGCUCAGAUCCCCCAAAGGCACACGUGACCCAUCACCCCAGACCUCAAGGUGACAUCACCCUGAGGUGCUGGGCCCUGGGCUUCUACCCUGCUGACAUCAGCCUGACCUGGCAGUUGGAGGGGGAGGACCUGACUCAGGACAUGGAGCUUGUGGACACCAGACCCUCAGGGGAUGGAACCUUCCAGAAGUGGGCAGCUGUGGUGGUGCCUCCCGGAGAAGAGCAGAGAUACACAUGCCAUGUGUACCAUGAGGGGCUGCCCGAGCCCCUCAUCCUGAGAUGGGAACCAACUCCUCGGCCCAUGGUUGGAAUAACUGUUGGUGUAGUUUUCUUUGGAGUUGUGGUCACUGGAGCUGUGGCUGCCAUUGUGAUGAUGAGGAAGAAAAAUGCAGGAUCUCACACUGUACCCCAGGGUGGCUUGAAACUCGAUAUGUAGCUGUAACCUUCAUUGUCAACUUGACCAGAUUUGGA